GUAAAAAAGUUAAACGGGUGAGGAUGGGGUGGAAAGACUCCCGUUUAAGUGAUUUUGGGCGGGAACUGGGCCGGAGUUUCUAAACGUUCCUGUCCAAAAUUGUUCCGUUGUUAUCCUUAAAUGUGCCUAUCCAAUUACAAUACACUAUUUAAAAAAAAAAAAAAUUAUCCAUAUUUAUAAAAUUAUUGAUAACAAUAUAGUAUAAUAUAUUUUAUUGGAUGGAUACGCUACUUACAUGGUGUGGCCUGGUGCACCCAAUAUGCAUUCGGCUUUAAGGGGAAAAAAAAGGUGACGUGUUGUCACAUAAUUGGUAAUUUUAACAUGUAUCGUUUAGCUCUAAUAUUCUCCCAUCAAGGUAAACAACGGUAGUGCUGCCGUUCUAUUGUUCCAACAGUUUGCCCGUACCUAAAUUCAAAAAUCAAAACACAGAGAUAAAGCGGGCAUUUCAAAUUGAAUUCAUGUAACGGCCACAUUCACGGUCCAGCUCUCUCUCUCUCUCUCUCUCUCUCUCUCAUGUGUUUGGAUCCGUUUUUCUUCUUGAAAAAACCCUAAUUUCUUCAAGAUCUCACAUUUCCCCAUAAUUACCUUCCCUUUCUAUCUACUUUCUCUCUGUAGAAAGAAGACAUGGCUUCUCUCACUCCAGGAAUCCUCCUGAAGCUCCUCCAAUCCAUGAACUCAAACACCCGGGUUACCGGCGACCACCGGUCCCCCCUUCUCCAGGUCAUCGGAAUCGUACCGGCGCUAGCCGGUUCCGACCUCUGGCCCAACCACGGCUUCUACGUUCAGCUCUCCGACUCUCUCAACUCCACCUACGUCUCGCUCUCCGACCGCGACACCGAUCUCAUCCUCACCAACCGACUACAACUCGGCCAGUUCGUCUAUGUCGACCGCUUCGACUUCGAUUCGCCCGUCCCUCGGGCGUGUGGCAUUCGCCCAAUUGCGGGCCGCCACACGUUCGUCGGAAGUCCUGAACCGCUCAUUGCCCGCAUUUCUGCCUCCAAGCGCGAGUUUGUGAUUCAGCCAGUCUCGGAUUCAGAUCAAUCUGUAGAUCCAAUUGCGAUUUAUCUUUCAAGCAAGAAACUAGAUCAAACGAAAAAUGAUGGUAAAGAAUCAAAAAUUGAGGCAAAGAGUGAAAAAUCCAGGACAAGGCAAGUUCUUGCGUCCAGGGAAAAUGUUUCGGUGGAGAGUUCGGAUGAAUCGAAGGUUUCUGAUAGGCCUCAGAGGUUUUCAUCGCCUGCAGCUGUGAGGCAACAGAGGUCAGUAUCGGUGGGUAAGAAGAAUGCCGCAACUGUGGAACGAGACCCGUCGCCGGUGGGGAAAGCAAAGCGGUCCUCAUCGCCAGUUCCAUCAAAAUGUGUGGUUCCGAGCUUGGUUGCAGCUCGUGAAGAGAAUCGAAAGACAUCAAGGGAGCCGGCGAUUGUAGUGCCGUCAAGGUAUAGACAACCGUCACCUAAUGGGCGGAAACAGGCCUCACCUAACACGAGAAGGAUGUCUAUUUCUCCGGGAAGGAGAUUGUCCAGUGGAAUAAAGGUUUCGCCUGUUGUUGGGGCUGCAGAUUCUGCUAGUAAGAAGAAGAUGGCGACAAUAGUUGCGGGGAUUUCAAAAGUUUCCGAGGCUCUUGUUGGGUCUGCAAAGACAAAUAGAAAGAGUUGGGAUGAGCCACCCACAGGGGCAGCCUCCGUUGAGCAGAAAGAUAAAUGUGUCACAAAAAACAAGCCGGAUUUGCAAGCAAUAAUGCGGACUCAGGCUGCUAUUUCUAGGCGCCUAAGUGAUGUGAAGGGUCAAAAACCCAAUCAGGAUGAUUCCGAAACCGAUGAAAAAGCAAAAUCUAACUUAGCGGAAGGUUGCUUGGUGCCUGAGAAGCCAACUUUUGCUGCUCCAGGAGUCACUGUUCAUGAAAAGAAAUGGACAGAUGGAAGCGUUCCACUGGAUGCAGUCUCUACGGACCUUGCAAGGCUUGGGAAGGAGGCUAUGCAAAGAAGAGUUCUUGCUUCCACAGCUGCUGCUGAAGCAUUGGAAGAGGCCAUCGCCACUGAGUCAAUGGUAAGGAGUUUAAGCAUGUUUUCAGAUCUCUGUUCUUCAUCAAAGGCUGGGAACCCUUUACCCACUAUUGACCGUUUUAUGUCAAUUUAUGAUGAAGUCGUGAAUUCAACGGCAAAUGCUGAAUUAAUUGCCAAUAUCCGCAGCUCUGACACGGCUCAUGAUGAUAAAAUGACAGAGCAUUCCAAAUCCCCCUCUCUUUGGGUAGAAGCUGCUCUGGCCACUGAUCUGGAGAUUGUCUCUCUCCUAACUGAUCAAAAUAUUAAGCCUCGGCCAACACUGCAGAAAAGUUUGUCAAAACGACAAUCGACCAAUGCACCUGCUAAAAACCAUAUCAUUAUUUCUUCAUCAACUCAUGUAGAGACUGUUGCCGGGAGAUGGAUAAGCGGUCAUGGAAUGAAAGAGACUGUGGAACUUGGGAUGAAUUUGCAACAAGAGAUGCAAAUGUGGUUUUUAAGAUUUGUUGAGGAGUCACUAGAUGCAGGUUUCCGGGUUUUAAACAAGUGUACUACUGAUGGUGGUCUUGACGGUGGCCCAAUUGCAGCAAUCUUGUCACAGCUGAAGCGAGUCAACGACUGGUUGGAUCGUAUGCUGUUGAAACAGGAUGAAUUGCUGACAGAAAAGAUUGAGUGGCUAAAGCGGAAGAUCUAUGGUUUUGUUAUACAGCAUGUUGGGACAACUGUCGAGAACUCCAUGCCCAUCGCUUCAUCUUAAUCUCCAUGUAUCAUCAUCUUAUAACUAUUUGCUUUGCAUCACUCACUAGCUAAAUGAGGAGGAUUGCUAUUGGUUGGAUUUCAGAACUGCUAAAAUUUCAUAAAGUUAAAUUUGAAGUUUUGUA